AUGUUAACUCACAAGAAAAUUUUGCUAGCGGUAUCUUCUUAUAACGAAGUCUUUUACCAAGAUGGUGCUAAAACUGGAUUAUUUUUGGUUGAGGCCUUGCACCCAUUUGAAGUAUUUAAGGAUAAUGGAUAUGAAGUUGAUUUUGUAUCUGAAACCGGUAGUUUUGGAUUUGAUGAGCAUUCUCUUACUCCACAUUUUUUAGAUGGUAAAGACUUAGAAGUGUAUAAGGAUUCCAAAUCUGAUUUUAAUCAGCAUUUGAAGAAUAUGAAGAAAGCAUCUGAAGUCAAUGCAGAUGACUACGGAGUCUUCUUUGCAUCGGCGGGGCAUGCAACUUUAUUCGAUUAUCCAAAUGCAAAGGGGUUACAAAGUUUAGCUCAAGCAAUCUGGGUUAAUGGUGGUGUUGUUGCAGCUGUUUGCCAUGGAGGAGCAAUAUUUGAUGGAUUGAUUGAUCCAGCAACUGGAAGGCCUUUGAUUGAAGGUAAGUCCAUAACAGGUUUCACGGAUAUUGGUGAAAUCAUAUUGAAAGUAGACGGCCUUAUGAAAGAAAAUAACUUGUUGUCAAUCGAAGACCUUGCUAAGAAGUACGGUGCCAAAUAUUUAGCACCCAUUGGCCCUUGGGAUGAUUAUACAGUUGCUGAUGGCAAAUUAAUUACUGGUGUUAAUCCUGCGUCUGCUAGUUCAACCGCAAAGAGAUCCCUUAUAGCACUUAAGACAAAGCAUACAUAA